UAACAUGGUCAAAACUGUGUGACAGUAUGACCAGAAUCAAAGGACAAAUAGAGGAACGUGGGCACUGGGGCAGCAAAGCAGAGUUUCUUCUGGCUGUGGCGGGGAUUGUAAUUGGUCUGGGUAACGUCUGGAGGUUUCCAUACCUCUGCUACAGGAAUGGAGGAGGGGCAUUCCUAAUACCCUACCUGGUGUUUGUGAUUACCUGUGGGGUGCCUCUGUUCCUGCUAGAGACAGCUAUGGGACAGUACACACAGGAAGGUGGCAUUACAUGUUGGCAUCGCCUCUGUCCACUGGCUGAAGGUAUUGGCUAUGCAGGACAGCUGAUAAUUCUGUACAGCUGCAUGCAUUACAUCAUCAUUCUGGCCUGGGCAUUUUUCUACCUCAUCUUUUCUUUCAGCUCCCAACUGCCAUGGGACAGCUGUGAUAACACCUGGAACACAGAUGAUUGUGUAAAUCUCGCUGCAAAGAACCUGACCCUCAACUGGACAAUGCUGAGUAAUUCAACCUCUGCAGUUACUGAGUUCUGGAAACACAGAGUGCUGGCUCUCUCUGGGGGUAUUGAGGAGAUUGGUAAGAUCAACUGGGAGAUUCUUCUGUGUCUCGUUGGAAUGUGGAUCAUAUGUUAUUUCUGUGUCUGGAAAGGAGUCAAAUCUACAGGCAAGGUGGUGUAUUUCACAGCCACAUUUCCUUAUGUGAUGCUACUGGUGUUGCUGAUUCGUGGGUUGACUCUUCCUGGAGCUCUGCAGGGGAUUGUGUUUUACCUGUACCCUGAACUGGCCCGUCUCACUGACCCACAGGUUUGGAUGGAAGCAGGAGCUCAGAUCUUUUUCUCAUAUUCUUUGGGUACUGCCUCUCUUACUGUAUUAGGCAGCUACAAUAAAUAUAACAAUAACUGCUACAGGGACAGCUUAUGGCUUUGCCUUCUGAACAGUGGCACCAGUGUUGUGGCUGGCUUUGCUGUCUUCUCAGUUCUGGGCUUCAUGGCUCAAAAGCAGGGUGUAUCCAUUGAGGAGGUGGCAGAAUCAGGUCCAGGGUUGGCUUUCAUAGCUUAUCCACAGGCAGUAGCUAUGAUGCCUUUCCCUCAGUUGUGGUCUGUUUGUUUCUUCAUCAUGAUUAUUUUGCUGGGACUAGAUACACAGUUUGUUGCGAUGGAAGUUUUUAUGACCUCAGCGAUGGACCUGUACCCCAUGGUACUGCGCAAAGCUGGACGUCGAGAAAUAUUUCUUCUGCUUUUCUGUGUUUUUUGCUUCUUCUGCCAACUUGUCAUGGUUACAGAGGGGGGGAUGUAUGUAUUCCAGCUGUUCGACUACUAUGCCUGCAGUGGAGCCUGUCUUUUUUUCCUCUGUGUUUUUGAAUCUUUGGCCAUGGGUUGGGUUUUUGGGGCUGAGAGAAUGUUUGACGUCAUUGAAGACAUGACAAAUUCACGACCGAAUUACAUAUUCAUGCUGUGCUGGAAAUACCUGACUCCUUUCGUGUCCCUAGUGUCUUUUGUCUGUUCAAUGGUUAAGUACAAACCUCUCACUUUUAACCGUUGGUAUGUAUACCCAGACUGGGCGUACGCACUAGGUUGGUUACUGGCCCUGUCCUCCAUUCUGCUGGUGCCUGGAUGGGCGCUGAUCCGACUGUUUACUGAGAAAGGAAGCCUAAAACAGCGUUGGCGUCACCUGUGUAGUCCUGACACAAACCUCCCUUUUAUCAGUAAGCAAAAAGCUGAAACGGAAGAAAACACCUUCAUCACAGAGAUGCAAGACUUAGUCAAGAGUGACACAAACUAAAAGAUGCUCAACUCUUGCUAUAAUUUAGUGUUUUUUUGGGUUUUUUUUUUUUUGUAAUCUUUGUAAUUUAAUCAGCUAUUCAUGUCCUUGAUAACAGCACACAAGGGUGCCUGAAUUGCAAAAUGUGUCAUUGAACCGUUUCAUUUUUCAAAAUAA